AAGAAUUUCCAAUUUAUUUCAAUCAAUUGUUUCACUUCAAUUUUACAGUUUCUUUUGUAAAAGUAACAAUUAAUUACCAUUAAUUGGAGUUAAUUGCUUGUCUCAUUUGAUUUUCUUUCAUUAAACAGUUUUCUUCCAAUUAAUUAGUGAUUAGUUUUUCAAUUAGAAUUAAAUUGUUCUCUUUCAUUUGAUCGAGAAAAAUCCAUGUGAUUGUCACAUGAUUUGUUUACAUCUUGACUUGAGUUGUUGUUGUUGUUGUGUUUUGUUUUGUCGUUUAUUUUAUUUAUUUAUUUUUUUUUUGGUUAAUUGUCAACAAUUAAUGUAAAUGAGUUUGUUUCUUUGUGAUUGAUUCAAUGACUGACAUUAUGAUUGAAAAGGGAAAUUAUGUCUAAGCCUGUUGUUCAAGUGAUCAAUUUGGGAAGAUUGAAUUUUGCUGCUGCUUAUCAGGCCCAAUGUUCAGCCAGGGACAAAUUGAUUAAUCAAUUAAAUCUUGUUCCAUCAUCAUCAUCAUCAUCGUUAAAGGUUAAUCAGUAUGAGAAUAAAUUAUUUCUGGUUGAACAUGAUCCUGUUUAUACUAUUGGUAUACGACGAGCUGAUUAUGGAGAGAAACUAAUUGAUUCUCUUAAAUCACUUGGUGCUGAUUUUGUUACCACUGAUAGAGGAGGUUUAAUAACCUUUCAUGGUUAUGGUCAAUUAACAAUUUAUCCAAUUCUCUAUUUGGGUUGUUUCUUUUCCAAUAAAUCGAUCCGGUGUUAUGUCCAUCGUUUAGAAGAGACUGUUAUUGAUACUUGUCAGAAAGUUUUACCGGUUCAUAGGAAAAUCUCAACAAUCAGCCAAUUUCCUGGUGUUUGGAUUGAAGAUAAUCGUAAAAUUGCCGCAAUCGGUAUUCAUGGUAAACGGUAUAUCACCACUCAUGGAAUUUGUCUUAAUUGUAACAAUGAUCUUUCUUGGUUUGAUCAUAUUAUUCCUUGUGGAUUGGAAGGGAAAAAAGUUACAUCGAUAACUCAAGAGAUUGGAAAAGAGUUUACAAUUAACCAAACGAUUCCUUUGUUUCUUGAUUCUUUUGCCAAAAAAUUUAAUUGUGAUCUGAAAUGACACAAUUAUCUUCAAUAAUAACUUUUCUCUAAGUCAAUAGUUCACAAGAUUCAUCUAUUGCCAAUGAUUGACAAGCUCAAAUUGUUACAUGGAAAACAAUCAUUGCCAGUUUAUCUUGAAUUGAAUUUUUAAAAAAUAUACAAUCAAUUGUACACAGAGUAUUUAACAAAAUUAUCCAUCAUUUGCUUGAUUGUUUAAAUUUUCUUUAAACAUUUAGAUACCAAAUCUUUUAAUAAAAUACGAAGUGAAUCAUUGGCAUCACAAACAAUA